CACCACCUCUGUGCGCUUCUUGUUUCUGUUUGCUGUCAGGUCGGGUUGAGGCUGGGUAUGGCAGCUGUAACUUUUCCAGCUGUGUCGGGUUCGUGGAGCAAAGCUAACAUGUCUGCAGCAGCAUGGAAACGUCAUAUUAUUCGGCAACUGAAACACCGGGACCGUACACAGAAGUAUAUGUAUCAGGACCUUAUCAAGUCGUAUAACAAACUGCUUGAAAGGACUAAGAUUUUUGAUCCACUGAAUGAGAGACUGCAAGUGGAAUUUCUGAAUAUUUUUUCAGACCACCUCAAUAGCAGGUUAGAUGUUACAUCAACAGUACAUCGCUUGGAAGACCCAGAAACAUUACAACUUCAGCAUCAAAAGGAAGUCACUAAACUAGAGAAGACAAAUGGUGAGCUAGCUGUACAGAUAUAUGAACUUGGGCAGAAUCUUCAAAUCAAACAGAAGGAACUAGAAGAGCUGCAGUCCAGGCUAAAAGGUGUGGAAGGAUUUUUUUCUGGAGUGGUGAAACGAAAUGUGGAGCUCCAUGAAUCAGUAAAAAAGAUAACAUGUGAGAACACUAAUAUAAAACAGAGAUACGAUGAACUCCUUAAACAGCACAGAACCAAAGAAGAAGAGUUACAGAAAAUAACUAAUGAUCUGUCUGAAGCAACUGCAGGCAUAGUAAAACUGAAAAGCCUCCAAGCAGAUGAUAUGAACAAUGACAAUGAUAGAGAAUGCCAAGCAAGGUGGGCUAAGCAGCUUGCUAGUGCUGCUGCAAAAGUUAUUGACACAACUCCCAAGACUGUGCAAUGUAAUGAAGAUACUGCAAAUACAGAUGAAGCUCCAGCUGUGAUUAGAAGGGCUUUUAGGUCAGCAUCAGCAACAUUUCUAAGUCCAAUUUUUACUUUAAAGGAAAACAUUCUGUAUAAGAUGAGACGAGUAGAAAGCCUUUGUGAUGACUUCAAAGGACCUAGUUUUGUCUGCUGGUCAAGUCGUUUACCUACAAAAGCCCUGGAGAUUGUGGAAGCACAUGAGUCGGAUAUCAAUGCUGCAAAGUUCAGUUCUAUAUCCCAAACACUUGCUACUGGCGGAGAUGACCGAAUAAUCAAACUGUGGGAUGUGGUUGCAGGAAGACUUGAAAGCAGGACAUCUCUUCAGAGAAGCAGUAGUGGUAUCACUAGCAUCGAGUUUGAUCCAACUGGAUAUCGAAUUUUGGCUGCGUCAUAUGAAGGAGCAGUACAUCUGUGGGAAGUAAAUGCCUGUCGUCCUACAUAUGUUCUCACAGGACACAGACAUAAAGUGACAGCAGCAAAAUUCAAGUCUCUCUAUCAUCAGGCAGUGACUGGAAGCUUUGACAGGACAUUGAAGAUCUGGGACCUUAACAGAGGAGCCUGUACAGACACCAUUCAGGUUUCUUCAUAUUGCAGUGAUGUUGUCUCAUUGGAAUUCCUGGUUAUAAGUGGACAUCAUGACAAGAAAAUCCGAUUCUGGGAUUGCAGGACAAAAGUGUGUACAAAUGAGAUUCCAGUGGAAGGAAGGGUCACUUCUCUUAAUGUCACCUGUGAUCAUUCUCAGUUGCUUAGCUGUUCCCGGGAUGACACUUUAAAGGUGGUGGACUUGCGUAAAAUGAAUUGUUGCAGACAAACUUUCAGGGCUGAUGGUUUUAAGUGUGGAUCUGAUAUUACAAAGGCCAUAUUCAGCCCUGAUGGGAGCUUUGUGACUGCUGGAUCUGCUGAUGGUACACUUUUUGUUUGGAAUGUGAAGACAGGAAAGCUGGAGGCCUCACUCGCAGGACAGCACAACUCAUGUGUGAAUGCAGUUACCUGGUCUACGUCAGGGGAAUACGUUGUCAGUGUGGACAGAGGCAAGAAAGCUGUGCUGUGGAGUGACUACUGAAUCUGUUCCAGAAUAUCAUUAGAGAAGGGAUCAAAAAGCAUAAUCCAUCCAGUUUGUAGUGUCAUAAAACUGGUGCCAAAGGCAAUCAUUAACUACUAGUGAUGCAGCUUAAGAGUCGCAUCACCUAGGUACAGAAAGGCUCCUCAAACAGUUUGUGCUGAUAACAUUCAGAAAGGAUCUCUCACCAUAAUGGUUCCCAGUUUUACUGAACAAGCCCAUUGGUACUCUUGAAAAGAAUACACCUGAAGUAAUGUUUACAAAAUCGUGAUUAUUUUGCACAUCAUGUUAUGCAGGUUCUCUUCAUAUUUAUUAGCAAGUGCCAUGCUUUACGAGAAAAAGUACUUGAUGUUUUAAAGCUGCAGAUUUAUGAACAAGACAGUGUUCCUCAGAUGAUGCCAGACAGACUGAGAUUUGUUUUUUUUUUUCUGACAGACACAUUUAUAAUACUUUGCACAUGUAAAGGGUAGUAGAGAAAGUAAUUUAUACAGAAAAUAUGCUGCCAUUGAAUGAGUGGUGGAUACACAGGGAUAGCCUUCUAGUGUAAAUGAUUGAGGUAUGUGUGUGGAAGUGAUGUACAGAAAUCCUUAGAGUAAACAUUUGGGAAUACUGUUCAUCAGGAGAUGGAUAGUGUCAGAGAGCCAGUGGGAUCAGUGAUGGUGUUGCAGUAUGUAUAGAAAACAAGCAACUGCACUAGCCUUAAGGGUCUGUUUACUUCAUCAUGAGAAGCUAUAUGACAUAUUACAAACAGAAGAGUGCAUGUCCAUCAUGCACUUUCUACUUAAGGUGUUGAUUUUUAUAUUUUAAGUCGAACAUUUUCUAAGCAGUAUCUCUUUUUUAUUUUAAUUUUCUUUGUGGUAGUUACUGUGUAAAUGCCAGAGGUGUAUCAUUUUUCUCUCCUGAAUGGACUUAGUUUUAAAACUGUAUGUUCUUAACUGUAUGUUCUUAAUGCGUGUAGACAUAAUAAUGUGAUCUGUCAUGCAUACCACAGCCAGUGCCUUGGUUGUUCAUCUACUUUAUGAAGACAUCCUUCACCUGGUCAAGUUGGCAAUCUAACUACAUUUAACAUCCAGUGACUGUUGCCAUUAGAAGACACCAUUGUUGACUUUUACAGAAGCCUUACCUAAAAGACACAGACACUACCAUCUUGUAGAGUUUGAUAUGCAGCUGUGUUGCUGUUUGGUUAUAACAUGCUGCAGUGUCCUGUAAGACAAUACCAAGGUCUCAGUCAUGAGCACUUUAUUAGCAUAAAUAAGGGUACCACUCAAAUUGUUACUGCUGAACCUGGAGUGAAGAAGUAGCUUUCUUUUGCACUUGACAGAACUUAAACCUACUCUGCUGCACCUGUACCCUUCCCUGCUUUUAAGCACCGUAGAGACUUCUGUUGUUGUGAUCUAAUGUCUGCCAUUACUGCGGUCAGUAACACACAUUAACAGUACUUAUUUUCUCUUAUGCUUCUUUGCCCCAGAUGAAAGGGCCAUUUUUCAAAAUGUAACAAUAUCUUAGUAUUUUUAAUCUCGCAUGACUGUACCAAAGCAGUCAUAAUAGCGUAUUGUCCAGUAAUUGCUGUCAGUGAAACUAUUACUGAUAGCCUGCUGACAUGAUACAUAUUUAGAAACAAAUCAAAAUGGCAGUGAUGUAUCCAAACUGACAUGGACUUUUAAACUGCAGAGGGAAGCCAAGGGGUUCUAUAAUGUAAUACAUGAAUCCUACUGUUGUUUGUAUGCUGUUGAAAGCCUUACUCUUCCCUUAAUCAAAUUGUUUAUCUAAACCCAAAACACACACUGUUUGGAUUUUAAUUGGGAUCAUAAGUAUUGGAUGCUUUUAUUUAUUUAUUUUUAUUGCUUUAAUUUUAAACCAUCACUUCAUUACUAAAAUAUGUGGUGGUGGGUGGGUUGAACGUUUAGAAAAUAAUCAAUGAAGGACUUUUCUGCUAAGCUUUUAUAUUUUUGUGAUGUACAGUCUGUAAAAUUUGUUUGUAUAAUAUUUUGAAAUAAACCGAAUAUGCUGUUUGAUAAAAGA